GCAGCAGCAGCAGCAGCACAGCAAUCGAGUGCUGCUUUGAUGAUGGUGAACUUUUUUCCAAAACCGCGAACACCACAGCAGUGAGGACGGGAAUUUUCUGUCAAUAUUUACGCCAAUUUGUCGCGCUCGAAAGUGGUCAAAGUGCGUCGCAAAGUGUAGCCGGGAAUGUUCCGCGUCGGAAGCGAAUGAAUGCGGGCGGUUCCGUGUCGGAUUCGGCGGUGAAAAAGUGGAUUUUCUUCGGUGGGUUUUGUGGCCCCGUUCCAUAGUCGAACCGAGAGCUGAUUGGGUCUACGCCGUGUAGUCGUCGGUGGCGGAGCCAAGAGUUGUUGGUCGGGUGUUUGACAGACGGAGUUGGCUGCGCCAGACGCCAUUUUAGAAUUUUUAUUUUGCCUUCAAGUGCGAAGAGCGGGCUGUAUUUUGCUUGGAGUAAAGUGAAAAUAUUAUCUUGUGUGGAAAAGUUGUGGAAUUCUGAGCGAGUUGGGGUGUUAUGUAAAUUAGUGAAUUGGGAAGUGAGUGAAAUUUCGAGGGAACAUGGGCAGUGAAGGAGAUACAUUUGGCGGUUUUGCGUUGGCAGUGGAGUGGAGGAAAUAAGUGACUGGCAAGGUGAAAAGUGCUGAUUGAGGACAAUUAUAAUAUUGGAUAAUCGGUUCAUUACCGUCGGUCCUGGAUCAAACGGUUUUACGCGAAGUGAAGAAUCGAAGAAUCGCAUCGAGAACAGAACCAAGGCAAACGGGGUCGCGCGAUGACGACGGUCAAGAGCACGCCGCCGGUGGAAUCGAAACCACCCGGCAAGUCGCCACUGUCGUCCUCGUCGUCUUCGUCCUCGUCGUCCGAUUCGGACGAUGGAUCCGACACUUCGUCUGAUUCCGACUCGUCGUCGGUGGCGUCGACGAGCAAAACCAGCAGCAAGCAGAGCUCGGACAAGAAGGAUCAGCAACAGCAACAACAGCAGCAGCACCCGCAACAACAGCAACUACAGCAGCAGUUCAGCGUUAUGAGCUCCGACAGUGCCGGUUUACGGAUGAAAAUUGCAAUCCCCCGAAGCAAUCAAUCGAAUUCGACCGCGACACCGUCUCCAUCGGGCGGUCGGCCAAGUUCCUCUGCCAGUGACGUGUUGAACCGGGUUGCGUCCAGCAAUGUAACCCCUGCACCCGUUUCAAACAGCCCAGCUCCGGUAGCGACCCCUGGCAGCGAGAGUACCAAAUCGGGCCAACUACAGGCGGAGACACCGUCGCCGACGAAGAGCAAAGAGAGAAAGGCCAGCAAGAGUGAGUCCAGUUCGGAGACGUCGUCGUAUUUCUCGAAUUUGAGCGACAGCGACAGCGAUAGUAGCAGUUCGGACAAUCGGAACAGUGGAGGCAAGCGAGGCAACAGCUCCUCGGGGAGCGGCCAGAAGAAGCAGAAGUUCAUCAAACGAAAGAAGAACAACCGAAGUGUGUCAACCAGCACCAGCAGCGAUGGAAGUAACGAAUCCAGCGAUUCGGAUUCCAGCAGCGAGGACAACGCGGACGAUAGCAAGGAUCAAAGCCAGGAGCCGCGAAUACCUGCCGGGAACAGCUCAACGCCAUUGUCUACGUCAACACCGGCAAAGUCACCUCCAUCAGCAUCUACGCCGGUUCCAUCAGUGCAACCAUCCCGGACGAACCCAGAUGCGGACGUGGGUUCGUCCUCCGACAAUGAACUUCCGGCCUUGGUCAAUGCAGCAAUCAUGCGAGUCGCCGAAAGUGGAUCGGACAACGAAAGCAUCCGUGGAACGCCGUCGGCUAUUCCGCAAUACACCUCCAGUCUGUUACAGGAGUUUGUUGCCAGAACGGCGAUGCUCGGAUGCGUUGGAAACUCAACAGAAGGAGCUUCGGCGAAUCAGUCGAACGCUCAACACAAAAUAAAGACUGAAUCUCCGCUGCCAAGCUCUGGCGCUCAUGCGGUAGCAUCCGGUAGCAGCAUCAAUGGAGUACCUUCUAAAACCGCAUCUGCAGCGGUUAUAAUGCCGAUCAAGCGAAGAGGUCGACCUCCUAAAGCAGCUGUUCAGCCGGUUGCUACUGCUGCUACUGCAGCUUCUUCAACAGCAAAAGCAAAUACUCCCACGGUUAGUGAAUCUCCUGACUCGGGAAUCCUGUCAACGCAUAGUUCGACCGGUUCACCCAAAACGGAGAAAAAGGCUUUGGCAACCGCAACUCAGAAAAGGAGACCAGAGCCUGAGCCAAGCAGUAGUGGUACAAGUAGUAAGCCUCCACCAACGGCGCCACUUACCAAGUACACGCUCUCCAGCCUAGACCGCAACACAUACGCUACCGAGAGGGUUCUGUAUCCACCUAGAGGUAAAAAGAAAGCCGGAAGACCGCCGAAAGACAAACAACCUCAGCAGGUCCAAGCCCCGGUGCCCGUUGAAGACAACCUGGAUCCCCUGUGGAAAAAGAUCGACAUCAGCAAAAAGUUCCACGAACCAAAAUUAAGUGGCUACAAGAGUGACGGUGGACACUCGACAAUCUGCUGUAGCAAACGACUGGCCUCGCAAAGUGGCUACAUCAGUGACUACGGCGGAGGAAGCAGCCAUCGGAGAAACCGUCUUUCCGGAUACAAAUCCGACUGCAGCACAAAAUCUCGGAAGAGCUGCGGUUACAAGAGUGACUACAGUGUUAAAGCGAAGAGUUGUGGCUACCGCAGUGACUGCAGCACGAGACACCGGAAGCAGGUUCGACGAAAACGUCGAAAGAAGCUGGCGCCGAACAAUAACAACCUCAACAACAAAAACUUCAACCAGAGCAGCAAAUCGUCGAGCGUUAGCGAACAAGACAUCCUGCAGCUGGCUGGAUUAACUCUUGGUAGUACUAGUGAGGAGAGCAGCAGCAGCCAGGAAUCUUUGUCGUCCAUCAACACCACAACUCCCUUCAGCAAAGCCUUACGAAUAUCUCAGGACACGUUCACCGCCAACAAAAGCACCAUUCCAUCUCUCCUGACCCCAAAGAACCGUGUCAACUCCCUGCUUCCAAUCAACAACUUCCGAGGCAUAUUCUCAUCCAUAAGUAAGUUCGGCAAUCUGGACACUUUCGGAUCCAGCAUAGGUCCGAAGAACACCUUUGCCACCUUCCUAAGGAAUAACCGCAAUAAAGACAACGGAAAAGUCACGCUAAAGAAACUGCCACUGUCCAAGGCGAACGUCAUCAAGAACUCAGAAGAGUGCAGCAAGCGGUUCCAACGCUCCACUAGCCAAGAUCUCCUCACCCGAAUCACAAACGCAGAUGUCCCUAAGCCUUCGCCAGCUAAAUCCGUCUGCUCUAAGCGCAGCAGACGAAAGAGCUGCCACAGCGAUAAGCUGGACAGUGUCUCAGUUAAGAGCUGCGGAACGAUCCGACAACGACGACUCAGUACAAUGAGUCGAUGCAGUAGUAGAUCGGCCGGUUCGAGGCAUCCUUGGAAAAAGAAGAAACGAAAGCGGCUACGAUCGAACUCCGUAGCGGGAAAGUCAUCGGCCGAUAUCAAGCUGGGUUUGGAGAUCGAACGGUUGAGCGAGUCGUUCGGAAGCCAAUGUCGGAUCAAUGUGAGAGACGGAGUACUUGGGAUUGGAGCAGCUGCGCUGGCUGGAGCUGCAGCAAAGAAUCAACAAAAGGGAAGGUCGAUGAAAAAGCGAAAGGCUUCAGAGCAUGUGGAGUCACCUUCAACGGCAGCGGCUGGCACUAAAAGAAGGAACAAAAAAUCAGUUCCAACACAAAGCCCUGACGAUCACAAACUGCCGUUGAAGAAGCGACACUACUUGUUGAGUGAACAAACAGCGAAAGGGAGUGACAGCGGAGCAGAACGGGAGGAUACUAGAAGCCACACAGUGGUUAAUCCUUGUGCAACGAUUGGCGGACGAGUGGCAACAGCUGCCGCUGCUGCCACAUCAUCCACCACUACUUCUGUGAGAGAUCCAACCAAGGCAGUGACCCCGAAGAAGCGCCAUCUGUUAAAAUCCCCUGAACCCGUGGUUCCAGAGGAGAUCAUUCAAAUCAAGUCCAGCGAUUCGCCGUUGACGGUUGAUCCCAAGACAGUGGAAAGCGCAACAUCGGAAGUUCAUGUUGGUCACAAAAAGCACGACGCAAUCACCCGGAAGAAGAACCGUCUGGAAGGCUUGGUGUCGAAGAUUCAACCAACCGCGACAGUCACGGCAAUACUAGCAGACAACAACAUUUUAGCAGCAGCAAGCCAUCGAGCUACGCCGCCAUCCCGUCCAUCUGUGAUCCACUCAUCAACUUCUGGUACGGCUACGACAGCCUCGACUACAGCUUCGUCUUCCAACACCAACGCACCUCCACCGGGAGUCUUCGAACCAACAGUUGACCUAGAACUUGCGAUUCCCGCUUCGAUUCCUUCACUGAUAGCAAAGGUCGAACUACUGGAUUCUCCUCGUCUGAAGGAUAACAUCGCCAAGACGGAAGGUGAAGACACCGGCAAGAAAAGUUCGGAAAAGGUGAUCGAGAAACUACUCACGAAGACCGGAGCUCACUUGCUAUUGAAGAAGAAACGAAAGAAGCCCAACCGAACGGGGUUUCCAACCGUUAAACGAAAGAAGAAGAGAUUCGUGGAAGAUAAACCCUCCGAAGAGGAGAACAAGCCUGAAGUGGGCCCAGAGUUGUUCGACUCGUCAAAUCUGACAAGGCAUGUUCCAUCGGAAGCGGAGAAAGCGGCAACAAAGUCAGGUCCGCAGAAGGAAGCUUCCAAGAACUGCGACCGAGUGCCGAAGGAAGGCGAACCGACGGAUAGUUUCAUCGAACGAAACACUAGGCCACGGCUUUCCGUGGUUAGCUUGGAACGUCUUCAGGGUAAAAUUCCGAUGAGUGGCCGAGAGGUGACGACGGGUCCAACGACUCCUCCGGCGACUGGAGCUGGCCGGGGAAGAAAAGCGGCUGGCGCAGCCCAGGCAACAACUGCAGCAACUGUAACACCAGCUGCAACGGAAGCACCCGUUGUUCCGUCGACAUCAGCAACAGUAGCGACGGAACGCAGGCAACUGCGAGAAAAAUCCAAGGACAAGUCUGAACCCGAGAAGAAGGAGGAACCGAAGGCGAAGGAAGAGCCUAAGGCAAAGGAAAAGAAAUCUCGACAGGAUCCGAUUCCACAAGUAAAGAUCAGUAGGAAGGAGGUAAUGGAGAAAAUUGUAAAGGCCAAGGAGAAACCGCCGGAGCCGGUAUUGCAGCCAGAGGUACCUAAGCAAAUAGAAAAACCAAGCAAGAUCCCAGUAGACAAGGAAAUUAAAAAGCAGGUUGUUCCUCCGGUAAAGAAAAGCAAAGCACCAAUUGAGGAACCGGCUCAACCAAUACCUGCACCUGCACUUCCAAUUCGCCGAACUCGUAGCAAUUCGAUUGCACUUGAUCCUGCCGAGCUGCUCAAGAAAACUUCCACUCAAGAAAAAGAAAUCGUACUGAAGAACGCUGUUAUCAAGCUACAACCAUGUACGAUCAGCAACGAGGACUCAGACUCGCUGGACUCUAUGCCAUUGUUGAAACGACUGCAUUCUAGAUCGUUAUCGCGGCAACAGCAAUCCGCUACUCCUGACGCUCCACCCAUUACGUCGCCAAAGACUCCAACCCGGCCAAGAGGGCGUCCACGGACGGCAUCACCAACACCUGCUAACGAGACUUCUCCAAUUCCCGUAACUCCAACUCUCUCCGAACAGCUGAGUAAACUCCGUAGAUCUCGUAUGAGCGUUCUGGAUACAACCAGGCGCCCUGUGGAGCCGGAACUUCCGGAAACUCCUCGGACCAAGGAAACGCGUUCAGCCGCAGCCAGGAAGUCCUUCUCGAAGGAACCUCCCGCCGUUGAACAGCCUCCAACACCGCAGCAUUACGACAUUCCACCGGUCAAGAUUAUCAUUUCGAAAAAAGAUCAGAAGGCCGUGGCGACAGCGGUCGCAGUCGAGAGGAAGCUGUCAAAGGAAAAAAGUCCCGUGCCCUUGUUUAUCGAAGAAAUGUCCAAGGAUCGACCGAAGUGUCGCAGCUCCAGUAGAAUCGAUGCAGUGGUAGACAAAAUCCGUAAAGAACAGCAAAAAUCUGCGGGAACGGUGGAGACUUCAGUGCCACCAGUUCCUCUGCCUGCGCCGCCAGCGAAGAUGAAGCGCGGGAAGAGUGACGAGCUGAAGGUGGAGAUGGAGAAGCCGGCUAAGAAACAAAAGAAGCUCGAGGGUAUACCGAUCUCCCAGGAAGUGAUCGUUCCUCUGGUACCCGUGGAUGUUCAACAGUACGAGAUUAGGGAAUCAGUAACGCAACUAGCCAGUAUUCAGCCUGCUUCAUUGACGGAAGAUUUGGAGCAUGAUCCGUUGCCAGCGGAGGAAGGACCUCCGGAUUACUUCCGCGAUGAAACUCCCUCACCUCCGGUGGACGGCAAGAACAAGAAAGUUCCUCGCAAGAAAUACAUUACUGCGGGUCUAUUUUCCGAUUGCUAUAAGGACGAUGGCAAGACUUCCGGACGCAAUGGGCCCAAAGUUCAGCCAGAGUCUCUUCUGCCUCCUCCGGCGUACUGCGAACGGUUCCUCAGGCGAACACAGCGAGACUUCCAACUUCCUUACGACCUGUGGUGGCUACAUGAAAAUGGAAAGCUCACAGCACGGCAUGCCAUUGCCAGCUGGAACUACCGAAAGAUCCGUACUAACGUGUACUACGAUGUGAAGCCGAAUCCGUCCACUGAUCAUCCGCAGUGUAACUGCAAGCCGGAUAGCGGCUGCCAGGAUGACUGUCUCAAUCGGUUGGUGUACGUAGAGUGCAGUCCGGAGAACUGCCCCUGCGGAGAACGAUGCAAGAAUACGAAGAUUCAACGUCAUGAGUACGCUCCGGGGUUGGAGCGAUUCAUGACUGAGCAGAAGGGCUGGGGAAUUCGGUCCAAAGAGGGCGUGACGAAAGGAGUAUUCAUAAUGGAAUAUCUAGGAGAGGUUGUGACAGAGAAGGAGUUCAAGGAGCGCAUGCGGACGAUCUACCUGAACGACACGCAUCACUACUGCUUGAACCUGACCGGCGGACUAGUCAUCGACGGCCAUCGGAUGGGAAGCGAUUGCCGAUUCGUCAAUCACUCCUGCGCACCUAACUGUGAAAUGCAGAAGUGGUCCGUAAAUGGGCUUUUCCGUAUGGCACUGUUCGCCUCGCGGGACAUUCCACCGUACGAAGAGUUGACAUACGACUACAACUUUUCGCUGUUCAAUCCGACGGAAGGUCAACCGUGCAUGUGCGGAGCUGAACAGUGCCGAGGAGUGAUAGGUGGCAAAUCGCAGCGAGUGAAACCUCUACCGAUGGCAUCGGAGGCGAAGAAACAGGAAGCGACAGUCGUGACAUCAAAUACGGCAGCCGCUCCGACGGAACACAGUCCACGAAGUGCGGCGCGUUCGAGGAAGCGUCAGGCGAAGAAGAAUGCUCCACUGACUCAACUGAAUGGUCAACCCCUGCCCAACUUUGUGCCGCCAACGGUGAAGGAGCGAGCGUUGAUCGUCGAACAUCACUGCUUCCUGAUGCGCAACCUGAACAAGAUACGGAAGCUGAAGGACCGAUCACCGGAACAUUCGACGGCAGCGCAUAUGGCGAGUCCUGCAGUGGGUGGAGUUGGUCAAGCGGGUCAACUGGCGCCGGGUGGCAAACCAUCACUUGCCUCGCAGAUAUCGGCGCUGCGAUGUCCGAGGAACAUCCGAACAAGGGGACUGGCAUUCGUCGAGGAUGAUCCGGAGUUGGAGAAGGUCGCUAGGAUUGCCGUGGCUUUGAAGGAGAUCUGUAUCGAGAUAGCCAGUUUGAAAGAUGAGCGUGGCCAUUUGUACUUAAACCGCUUGGCGCUUCCGUCGAAGAAGAAGGUACCGCUGUACUAUGAGCGAAUUCCUCGUCCGAUUGAUCUUGCUCAAAUUCAGAGCAAUAUCGAUCAAGGGACGUACAAACAACCGAAGGCCUUCGAGGAAGAUCUGCUUAUCUUGUUGAGCAAUGCGGUCAAAUACUACGGCAUCAGUUCACCGGAAGGUGUAGCUUCCGAGAAGCUGAAGGAACACUACUACAUCUGUAAACAGCGUCAGGUGGAUCGGUUGAUCGCGUACGUCGGUGAACAGAACGAACUGUUGAGAGGAUUCAUUCCGAAAACGGAACCAGAACCAGUGGUGCCGAUGAAGGGGCGAGGAAAAUUCAAGAAGCAAGAGCAAGCGGAAGACAUCAUCCGAUGUAUUUGCGGACUUUUCAAGGACGAAGGACUGAUGAUACAGUGCUCCAAGUGCUUGGUUUGGCAACACAUCGAGUGUACGAAGGCGGACCCCGCAGUGGAGAACUAUCUGUGCGAGAAGUGCGAACCACGCAAGGUGAACUACGAAAUACCGUUGAAUGAGUUCACCGAUGAGGGCUAUCAGUAUUACAUUUCGUUGAUGCGUGGUAACCUGCAGAUUCGUCAGACCGAUACAGUCUACGUGUUGAGAGACAUCCCGAUGUCCCCAGAUCCGAACAAUCCGAAUGGACCACCUAGGAAGCACACGUACGAAACGAUAGGUAAGGUGGAUUACGCCGAGUGUGACAUCUUCCGGGUUGAAAGUCUGUGGAAGGAUAAGGAAGGUCGACGGUUCGUCUACGGUCAUCACUAUUUGAGGCCGCACGAGACGUACCACGAGCCAACGAGGCGUUUCUAUCCGAACGAAGUCAUGCGCGUUCCGCUUUUUGAGGUUAUUCCGAUCGAGCUCGUGAUGGAGCGUUGCUGGGUGUUGGAUCCGACAACCUUCUGCAAGGGACGUCCCGUAGAUAGUUCCGAGCCGCACGUGUACAUCUGCGAACUAAGAGUGGACAAAAGUGCUCGGCUGUUCUCCAAGAUCUCCCGCCAUGCUCAUCCCGUGUGCAUGAAAUCCUACGCAUUCCACAAGUUCGAGCAGAAACUGAAGAUCUCCAAGACCUUUGCGCCUCACGAUCUGGGAUCGCUAGCGCAUCUGCUCGCAGCCAAGGACAACCGCAAAAAGAGCAAGAAAGACGAUUCGGCAUCCUCUACAUCUGCCACGCCGACCAACACAGGAGCUAAGAAAAUGACCCCUAUCAUUCAACUGCUUCCUCCUCCACCGAAGCCUGACAGCCACAGCACCGAUGGAGCUCUAGUACUACCUUCAACCGAGACCCUCGCCGAGAAGCGCAACCGGCUGGAGCUGGUUCUAGGCCGUCUGAUGGUCAAACUUAACGCUAAUCCAGCCGCCCUGCCCGUGGUGGACAUCAGCUAUCUGUUGACCGGCCGUGGAGCUCGACUCCGGCGUACCAUUGCCAACGCCACGCCCGUUCCGGCCAUUUGAGAGUGGGUUAAGAAGCGUAAAAAGCGCCGCAAAUGGAAACGCUGCUACGACUGAAGCCCGCAUCUGGACCUUUUUGCAAUCAUCGUCAUCGUCAUCGCCGUUGUCGUCAUUGAUCCGAGCAUUAUCAUUGUAAAUAGCUGCCUACUUGAGCAUGAACUGGUUGAAAUAUUUGAUUUUUGUUUUAAGGUUAUGUUUGUAGAUCAUUCAUUGAACACGCUAAGUUAUUUAAUUUAUUUAUGAUUCCCAUUAUCGUGGAGCGAGAACGUUUUGUUUAGAACAAAUAAACCCGAGUUGUUUUUGUUUCCCAAUUGCUUUCCGAAUUGUUUCACUAGUUAAACCCGUUGAGUUGACACAUCAGCAUUACAAACACGAUUUCUGUUAAUCAAAGUAUAAAAAUAGUUGUAUGUAACUGAAUAAAUUCACUUCACAGCCCCUCGUCGACGAAAAUCCCUUUCAAGUAUUAACAUAAUUGCACCAAUUCUAGGCAAUAUCAGCACUUAAUAUGAUACUUUUAAGAUGACCACACAAGCAAAUACACAUUGAGGAUAAUCAAGAUUAAGCAAGAGAAUUUAUAUUGUAACAUAGUAGUUUUGAGUGCAAAACAAAAUAUGGACUGAUAUGGAAGAUAUGGUUUAGGUAAAAAAAGAAAUCGCAUGAAUUAAUAUAUUUGGAACAGUUUGAAAGCAAAAAUUAGCACGGUACAGUAGGCAGGCAUAAGUGGAAUACUUUAAAACUAUUUUUACUUCUCGGAAGCUAUAAUAGGGUUUUAAAAUAGAAACUGUAAUGGCAAUUAAAGAAAACUGUACUACACCUGUCAUAUAAACACAAUGAAAGAGUGAAAUUCGAUGCGACAUUAAGAAGUAACACAAACUUUGAAACUCAUAACAAUAGAUAUAGUAGAAUCUUACACACCUGAAAUCUGCAUAAGAUUGUCGAACAGUUAGUGAAGUACUCGAUAUCCGAUUUAGUGAAUGAAAAUAACACAAAAUUUAAUCUGAA